GUCCCAAUUUGGCACUACUUUAUAUUUUGCAUCAAGAAAUACACAUAUAUCCAAAUGGGUCAUCGGGAACUGGCUGUGGUAUUUUGUGUAACUGUGCCGCGCAUCUGUGCCAAAAAAUUGCCGUUCAUGCAGAUAUAAUAAAGGUCGUCGUCCUUUUGGUAUAAAGAAGGGCAUACAAGUAAACAUCAUCGUCAUCAUGCAAAUAGAUCAUGUUCCCAAGUCAUAAACAAUGUGGAAAAUGGAACACAGCUAUAAACAAUAUGUAUUGUGAUGGUUGCCACUUCUGGUGAGAAAGGUGGCGCGCUAUCGUCAUCUAUGAUGGUGACGAUGCUACCGCAGUAUGGUGAGCACCGAGCCGAGCCUCUUCAUGUUAUGCGUUGGGAGUAGAUAUAAAAGCCAGGUCUGAAAAUUUUUAGCUUGGCACUCCUUUUUCCUUUCCAUAAAACACCCUUUAUGGAUUAUCUUUUACAAGGAAUACCAUUCGUUGGAGAAUUUUUUGCUCUCGCCAGCACCAGCAUGCUGACAGGUUCUCAGCAUCCAUCGGCAUUUUCUGGCUCGACUACAGAUACCAUCGGUGGAGUCCCUGCACGAACCGCCGCAGCGUGGUACGCACCCUUUAUGAAUACGCUGGUAACUAUGCUAGUGUUGACUGUAUUGCCGCGCAUCAUCCCGACUAUCACUCGAUGGAUAUAUCCCGGAAUCCGCGAUUACAUUCACGAGAUAUUUUACGUUUCUAUCCAAAUCAGUCAAGAAGAACCAAUCUUUUACCAAAUAGGACAAUACGUUACACAACAACAAGAAGCUUCUCGUGACAAAAAGCUGACGCAUGUUCAAGGCAUCGCGAAAAACAAUGAGGAGUCUCGCUCGUUCUUCCAUUACUUGGAUGAAGAGGUGCCUAUUCCUCGACCUCGAAUUUCAGUAAUACCCACAUCUGGCACAAAGCAAAUUGUAUGGCAUAAGGGACGGAAGAUCUUUGUUACUCGGCGGAAAGUGCGGGCUGAAGAUGCUUCUGCAAGUGGGCUGGGCACUAUUACUCUUAACGAUAUAUCUUCAUUGUUGCAACGGAACCAAGAGGUCUUAGACAUAAGCAUGCGUGGGAGAGACGUUGAAGAGCUUAAAUCCAUAGUACAAGAGUGGAUUGACAGCAUUUAUAACCAGGAUUACAAUAAGCUGACGGUGUACCAAUGUAUGAGGACACAUAGCGAGUACAUGUGGAAGCGGAUUAGCAACAAAGAGAUGCGAAAGUAUGAUUCGGUUGUGCUUCGUGAAGGACAGAAAGAAGAAAUUUUGGCAGAUGUCAGAAAGUUUCUUGGAGCACACAAAAAGUACGCUAUGCGUGGAAUUCCUUAUCGGCAUGCAAUCAUCCUUCAUGGACCUCCUGGCACAGGCAAAACCUCUUUCAUUAAAGGCCUAUCCGAAAAGUUACGGUUGAACAUAGCUUAUAUAAGCCUUGCAACCAACCUGGAUGACGAUGGAUUUCUCGCGAUGCUUGCCAGAGUGCCAGCUAACUCACUGAUUGUCAUGGAAGACUUUGACCGCUCCCAUAUUACCAAAGAUUCAAAAGAGUCUGAUCGCAAUGGUGGUAAUGCUGUUAUGACGAGAAUCACAGAAGCUGGCCUUUUGAACGCAUUGGAUGGAAUUAAUACUCCCGAGGGCACUCUCGUGUUCAUGACAUGCAACGACAUUAACAAAAUUAGCGACGCGGUAAAGCGCCCCGGAAGAGUGGAUCAGAUAUAUUAUCUAACAUAUGCCGAUGACUAUCAAGUGGAGGAAAUGCUGUGGCGAUUCUUUGGAGAGGGCGAGCAAACGAUAGAUCCCACAACCCGCGUGAGCAAUCCUGAACUGAAACGGGUGGCGCAAGUAUUCCUGUCCCAUGUCCGCAGCUUCAAUUCUCAAAUGACUACGGCCACCUUGCAAAAGUUCUUUCUCGAGUACGAAAAAGAGCAAGAGGUUCAACAUUGGGAAAAACGAAAAGAGUCCAAACUAUCGCAUCAGAAUACUACAGUUCUAACCGCAACAAAGGAGUUGAGCGUCAAGGAAAAACAUAACGAAAAUAGCAGCGACUACAGCAAUGACAGAAAGACGACUGACAGCAUUGAUGAUAAUGACGAGCAGCAGAUGGAUGACUUCAAAAUUGACCUCGCUUUAUUGACGGACUAUGAUCAUGUACAACGAUUGCUUCACAAAAUCCAGACUGAAACGAGCGCUGAGGACAAGAUCAGAGAAGACACAGCUAAACUGAAGAAAGAGCAAGAAGAACGCAGUAAAGAAUCGACGAAGGAGGACCAACUGGAGGAGGAAGAGAAUGGUUCUGCUGCGCGAGAGCUUCUAGGGAUCAGCAAAGACGAGGAUGUACACAAGCUAAUCGAAGAAGUCAAUUCGGACACAAAUAUGGGGCAAUCACUUAGAAAGCUGUUGGAUAUACUCAACGCGAAAAUCAAUGAUGACAGUAACAGCAAUUCCGACGACAAGGAAGUAACUAAAGCAGCUAGUGCUCCUUCACCGCCAGCUUCACCCGUGACAAAUGGUACUUUUAUGUAGAUGGUCCAUGCUUAUCAUUGUACCCUACCGUCAGUGCGCGCUUGAAAAAUAAAUAAGCUACUACUACUGGUUUAUAUUGGCUGUGAAGUGAUCAUAAAAGAAAGUAACCAGGUUACAGCCAUGUUUACGCUCUUUUAAUGAACCU